CAUUAUGACUACUCCACUAACACUGUUUUGCGUCAAGGAAGGCGAAAGCCUUUACAACGCCUUUUCCAUUGAGCUCCCUUCAAACCUCACAGUGAAUGCUCUCAGGGAUGAGCUCAAGAAAAAGAAAGCACCUGAAUUUGACAAUGUUGCUGCUAACACGCUUGCCCUCUGGCAAGUCUCGAUACCAAUCUUCCAAGAUGCUGAUGAUACUCCAAUCGUUCUCGAUAAUGUCCCAAGCAAAAAGAGGCUUUUACCUACAUCAACACUUUCUGAAGCGUUUGGAAAAGAAGCAUCAGGAGAAACGAUUCGUGUUCUCGUCCAGCCGCCGAAGAAAGUAUGCUCAAGUAUCGGGAGAUUCAAUAUUGUUCUUGAGUCAUUUAACAACAAGAAGUUUGUCUCAACUAUAGACACGGACAAAGCAACCAUGGAAAGGUUAAAGGAGAAAAUUAGAGGCAACUUUCCUGAUCUUCUCUUUGGUUCAGAAAUUAUUACCAUCAAAUACAAGGAUUGUGACGGCCAACUUCUCGAAGUAGAAAACCCAACAGAUCAAUUGCUUCAGCAGGCCUUAAAGGUCAUUUAUAAUUCAGCACAGGAUAUUCUAGUUGAGAUCAGCUACCCUGAUAAACCGUUUUCUGACUACACACUGAAGGAUGUUAACAGCUUCUUUGGAUUUACCGACGCGUCAGACCCAAGUUUGACUGAAAUACAACCACUUGAAGGGAUCCCCAUCAAUACUGGAGGCACGGCUGAGCACGACCACGCGAUUAAACGACUACAAGACGAAAUCGAAUCAAGGAAGAAGUGCUCAUUGCUUGAUAGUGAUGAAGGAAUGUUGAAGAUUGUUGAACCUAUGCUUGUCCAUGCUGUCACAUUAUUCGCGGAUGAUUUAAAGCUCAGUUCGGGAGAGGAAAUUAGAGGAAGACUUGGCCGAGGAAAGGUGUGGUACGGUAUUAAAUCCAAGAAUGAUGAAGCUUUUUGUUCUUUGUGCGUGACGAAAGUACAAAAUAAGGAUUUCAAGGCGGCUGUCGCAGAAAAUAUGAUGCAACUCGAAUCGCAAACCACAGGCCGAAAAU